AACCACCCAUUUAUUGAGCCAAGUGUAGGAAACCUGCUCCAAACAUCGAAUUAAAAAUGGUACGACUACAAAUUGCUGGUGUUGAAGAUUACCCAUGAUUCACUUGUUUCAUCUCUUGAAGAAGCUGUUCAAUGGGUGUGCAUAUAAACACGUAUAUUAUGGUUAUCUCCUACUUGAAACAAAGGGUGAGUCCAUGGAUUCAGAAAUUGACAUUGUUCAGAAGAGGUUGAAUUCUUUCCUCGGUCAACUCCAAGUAGAAUUUGGCAUCCUUGAUAGAAUUGUAUACAAAAACAAGAAUCAGCACCGGCGAUCCUCAUAUUUUCAGUACCUUCUAAAGGUGAGGAGAGACCUGAGGCUGCUUCAAUCAGCUCAUUUAGAAGAAAUUUUUAGCUCCUCCUUUCUAGUUAUCAGUGGGACAAGACCUAAGCAGAAGGUGCAACUUCUAGAAAGUUUGAAGAGGAGAAAAUGUGAUGGCGGAAAACAUAAUUUUCUAGAACGACUUUUGGGAGCGGCACGCCUGCUGUCACAGAUAGUAGAGCCAAUGUUGAAGGCAGCUACAGAGAUUUCUACUUUACUUGCUCAAUCAUUUUUCAUGGGAUUUUGUCUUACAACUUUGGCUUUGCUUGCACGCCUCCGAGUUUUGGUUCAGCAAAUAUUACUUGAUGCUGUAACGGUAUUCAACAUGGUUUUUUCUCUCUCUCAGAAGGAGCAAUCUGUAAAAUUAACUCAGGACGGAAUUGAGGUAUUUAGAGAGUACUACCCGAUGAAUGAGCAAUCUGUCUUACUUGACUGUGUGUGGGAAACAGAUAAGUUUGUAUUACUUGAGAUAUCCACCAACUGUAAGACUGAACGUCAAGAGAAGAAUGUUAGAGAAAUAUCUAUAGGGCCAUCUGCCAUUCAAUAUCAAAGCAUUGAGGUUUUGCUUGGUGAUAACGAAUCUGGCAAGGCAGAUCCUAACGAUAUUUCUGAAGAUUAUUCUCACAUUGAGGUGGAUAAUCCUAGUUCAAUUGAGGAUCCUUCGACAGAGAACGAUGACGUGAAGAAGGUUCAAGAUAGUUCAAAAGUGGAAGAUGUUUCAGGUUUUGUGGAACCGCUAAUCCAGAACCUGAACUCUGAAAGUGGCUUGCUUAUGGAUUUGAGUUCAUCUCCAGGUUCAAAUCCUUUAAAACGUAAAUCUGGUUCAACGAGUAAAGUGGCCUUCGUAUCGGUGAAAAAGCCAGCAACAUCAACAACAAACGUUUUGGGACUUCAGAUCAAGGGAACAGAGAGCCAUGGUGAUAGCAAAGAAGAUCCAUUUUUCAGUCUACUUACUGGGGGAAACUUAAAGGAUAGUCUAUUUUGAACACAUCUGAGUUACAAGCAUUUUAAUUUCGUUGGUUGUCUAGUACGAUGUCGUGCUAUCUUCCGUAUCUGUUAAUCAUCUUUCUUUGCCUAAUAGGGGGUCUUAUGUCUGUUACUUGUCCGAUCUUGUCCUAUGUUGAACUGACAAGAUUGGCAAAAGAAAAUUUUGAAAUAUCGUGUUCUUGUCCAGUUUGCAGUGCUGUCUUCGAAUUUCAACUGGAUAUGAAGGGGUGGUAUGCUAUUAUGAAAGAAGAGGAAAAGGUUAAGGUAAAAGAAAGGAAGAAGAUGGUGAAGUGAAUGAUAUGGUUUUACUUGCAAUGUAAUUUUCCAGUCUUCACGAAUUCAUGAUCCAAAUAAAUAUAACCUUAGUGCAUUUUUUUUUUUUUGACGAACUUUAAAAAGA